AUGAAGCUUCCGCCGGCUGUUGUCUGUCUUCUCCUCAUCCUCGUCUGCUUUGAUGCUGCUCGCGUGGAGGCCCGAGGCACACCUUCUGCCCAGGGGUCGAGGAACCAAUGGUCCAGCAUGUUCGUCUUCGGCGACGACUUUGUCGACAACGGCAACCGUCCCAACAUCACCGGUGAAAAGACAUCGCGCCAAUGGAGCUACCCCUACGGCUCCUAUCUCAACUCUCAUUAUUCUACGUCUCCUGUUUUGACCGGGCGCUUCUCCAACUACAGGAUGCAAUCAGAUUUUAUAGCAAGGAUGUUGGGUCUCCAUGAAGCCCCUCCAGCGUACGAGCUCACAGAAGAUCAAUCUUGUGACUCAUCUGGCAUGACCUUUGCUUCUGGUGGCGCUGGUGUCUUCAAGGUGAAGACCAAGAAGGUGCCGACACUUGCCGCACAAGUUCAAACUUUCAAGAGGCUUGUCAAGGAUGGGGUCAUCUCAACACAUCAGCUUCACCACUCCGUCGCGCUCAUCGCCAUCUCCGGCAAUGAUUACAUGAGCGACUCCGACAUUGAGACUGGCUUCUACACAAGCUUCGAUGAUCUUGAUACUUAUGUCGGAAACGUGGCGACUGAGAUCCUAGAUAAUGUGGCGCAACUGCAGAUGCUUGGUGUGAGAAAGGUGUUAGUAAACAACUUGCAUCCUAUUGGUUGCACGCCUUUGCAUACUAGUUCGAACAACUACACCACGUGUGACCUUCUCGGCAAUUAUGGUGCAUCCGUGCACAACAAGUAUCUAAAACAAAUGCUCGAAGAAAGGGACAACGUUCACAUACUGGACCUCUACACCGCUUUCACUAACAUCAUCAAUCAUGCCCCUGGUGGAGGGUCGGCUGAGUCCAAGAAUUUCAAGGGCAAACUGACCCCGUGCUGCGAGAGUGCCUAUAAGGGAGGGUACUGUGGAGAGCGUAGCCAUUCAGGGAAGCGCUUGUACGACCUAUGUGAAACUCCUGACAAGAUGUUCUACUGGGACCAGACACACCCAACACAUGCUGGGUGGGAAGCUGUAAUGAAGGCGCUGCAACAGCCUUUGAUGGAGUUUCUUGAUGAGGACUACGUUGCAUGA